UACCUUGAUGUGCAAUUUCAACAAGAAUUCCAGUCAUUGUUUCUGACAGAUAAACUCAGAGAACAACAACAAGAAAAAUGAAUACUUCUGUGACUAAUGAUCCCCAGGGUCUGUUAUCAUUCAGGGAUGUGGCUGUUGACAUCUCCCAGGAAGAAUGGGAAUGUCUAGACUGUGCUCAGAGGACUUUGUACAUGGAUGUGAUGCUGGAGAAUUACAACAAUCUACUCUUUGUGGAGAACCAUCGCAUAUGUGGUAAAUAUGAGAAGGUCUGGCAUCAAGUCACAAAGCAUUUCAUCCAUGAUCAUGAAAACAUCAAAGAGAAGUCUUAUAAAUGUAAUGAGCUUGGCAAAAUGAUUCAUGAAUUCUGCCAGUGUAGACCUUGGGACACAAGUGAUACUACAGAAAAUAACAAGUAUAGAGUUGGUAACCACAGAGAUGCCUCUGUUGAAGCCUUAAACCUUAACAGACACAAAAGUGGGAAUGCUAGAGAAGAACCUUGCAAAUAUACAGACUGUGUAAACUGUUUAAAUUUGUGUUCCAUCAUUAGCCAAAAUCAAAGAAAUCAUACAGGAAAGGAAGAACACAAAAAUAUGGAGUAUGAUACAUCUUUUGACUCUAAUACAGAAAUCAUACUGAAACAAACUGAUAGUGGGAAGAAACCACACCAAUGCAGAAAAUGUGGAAAAUACCUCAAGACUCACUCAAGCCUCAUUAGACAUCAGAGAGCCCAUCCUAGAGAGAAACCCUAUAGAUGUAUAAAAUGUAGUAAACGCUUUCUGUAUUUUUCACAAUUCAAAGUACAUUACAUAAUCCAUGUUAGAGAAAAACCCUAUACAUGUACAGAACGUGGUAAGUGCUUUUGUCACACAUCACACUUUCGAAGACAUUACAAGAUCCAAAUUGGAGAGAAACCUUACAAAUGUAGUGAAUAUGAAAAAUCCUUCUCCCAGAAAGAUAAUAUUAGAAUACACCAGAGAUUUGAUACAGGAGAGAAACCUUACAAAUAUAGUGAAAGUGAGAAAUCCUUUGCUACAAAAGACCAUCUUGAAUUACUUCAGAGAACCCACACAGGAGAGAAACCUUACAAAUGUAGUAAAUGUGACAAAUGCUUUACCACAAAAGGCUAUCUUAGAACUCAUCAGAGAAACACAGAAGAGGAUCCUUACAAAUGUUGUGAAUAUGACAAAUCCUUUACAUGUGGCUCCUCUCUUAGAAUACAUCAGAGAGUCUACAGAGGAAAGACAUACAAAUGUAGUGAAUGUGACAAAUCCUUCACCACAGAAGGCCAUCUUAGAACUCGUCAGAUGAUCUACACAGGAGAGAAUCUUUACAAAUGUAGUGAAUGUGAUAAAUCGGUUGACAGAGAAGGCAAUCUUAGAACUCAUCAGAGACUUCAUACAGGAGAGAAAUGUUACAAAUGUGGUGAAUGUGACAAAUCCUUUUUGAGUGGCUCUGGUCUUAGAAAACAUCUCAAAACUCAUACAGGUGAGAUGCCUUACAAAUGUGAAUGUGACAAAUCCUUUACCCAGAAAGGCAGUCUUAAAAUGUUUCAGAGAAUUCAUACAGGAGAAAAAACUUACAAAUGUAAUGAAUGCAAGAAAUCCUUUACCCAGAAGUGGUAUCGUAAAAUUCAUCAGAGAAUUCAUACAGGAGAAGCACCUUACAGAUGCAGUGAAUGUGACAAAUCCUUUAUCCAGAAAGGCAGUCUUAAAAUGCAUCAGAAAAUUCAUACAGGAGAGAAACCUUACAAAUGUAGUGAAUGUGACAAGUCCUUUACUCAGAAAGGCAGUCUUAAAAUGCAUCAGAGAAUUCAUACAGGAGAGAAACCUUACAAAUGUAGUGAAUGUGACAAGUCCUUUACUCAGAAAGGCAGUCUUAAAAUGCAUCAGAGAAUUCAUACAGGAGAGAAACCUUACAAAUGUAGUGAAUGUGACAAAUCCUUUACUCAGAAAGGCAAUCUUAAAAUACAUCAGAGAAUUCAUACAGGAGAGAAACCUUACAAAUGUAGUGAAUGUGACAAAUCCUUUACUCAGAAAGGCAAUCUUAAAAUGCAUCAGAGAAUUCAUACAGGAGAGAAACCUUACAAAUGUAGUGAAUGUGACAAAUCCUUUACCCAAAAAGACAGUCUUAAAAUGCAUCAGAGAAUUCAUACAGGAGAGCAAGCUCACAAAUGCAGUGAAUGUGACAAAUCCUUUACCCAGAAAGGCAGUCUUAAAAUACGUCAGAGAAUUCAUACAGGAGAGAAACCUUACAAAUGUAGUGAAUGUGACAAAUCCUUUACCCAGAAAGUCAGUCUUAAAAUGCAUCAGAGAAUUCAUACAGGAGAGAAACCUUACAAAUGUAGUGAAUGUGACAAAUCCUUUACCCAAAAAGGCAGUCUUAAAAUGCAUCAGAGAAUUCAUACAGGAGAGCAAGCUCACAAAUGCAGUGAAUGUGACAAAUCCUUUACCCAGAGGCAGUCUUAAAAUGCAUCAGAGAAUUCAUACAGGAGAGAAACCUUACAAAUGUAG